AUGGCUUUUCGCGGCGAACGUUUUGUCCCAGACCUGGACGACGGAUCCCCUGAUGACUUGAAGCCGAUGCCCUUUGACCUCGUCGGGGAAAUCCGUGAAAGAGAGCCGACCUCCGCGAACCCGUCUGCCCCCGCCCCUCCGACUCCCACCGCUUCUUCCACCGGAUUCCCCGCGCACCGCAAACGCAAUAAAAUUUCCUCGUUCAAGCAGCGACGAGCACAGCAAGAAGGAGAGCAAGACAAGGCUGCUGCAUCUAUCACAGAAUCAUCUCCGCCAAGCGUGCAAGAUGACAAGCAAACCAUCGCGGAGGAGAACCGCCGGCAUCUGGCAUCCAUGUCAGAGACGCAGAUUAAGCACGAGCAAGAAGAGCUGAUAGCCUCGAUGGACCAAAGUCUAAUAGAGCGCUUUUUACGUCGAGCUAAGAUUGAAGAUCCCGGACAUGAGACCAGCGAAGAGCCCCGACCAGCAUCUGCAACAGAAAUCCCGGCAGCAUCAAAGCCAAAGAAAUCUGUUUCCUUCGACAUCCCAGCUGCUCAGCCCACGACUGCCCCGAAACCAUCCAUACCAGUAGCAACAUCACCCAAAGCAUUCGCCAAACCGCGUGGACGUGACGAUGCACCCCCAACCCAAACCCCAAGUGACCUCCAUCCCGCCUCAGAACGACCCUCUCUCGAUCCCGCCGUAAUCGAGCCCUUCCACUUCCCACAGCCAAGCCAACCAAUGCCAACCCUCGAUCCAUCCUCUCCAAACUUCCUCUCUGAUCUCCAAUCCCACUACUUCCCUGAGAUAACCCACGACCCAACUGCGCUCUCAUGGCUCCAACCCCCACCAGACGACGAAGAAGAUCCCGCCUCCACCUCAGCCUACCACCCAGCCAGCAGUGCCAUUUCCAUUGCACCAUCUGCAAUUCGCUUUUCACUUCGUGGCUCCAUCAUCGCUCCCAAUACGUCUCUCUCACUCCCUACCACCCUCGGCCUACACCACCACGGCGAAGACCCCCAUGCAGCAGGGUACACCAUCCCGGAGCUAGCGAUCCUCUCGCGCUCCACAUUCCCCGCUCAACGUUGCAUCGCCUGGCAAGUCCUUGGGCGUAUCCUGUUCCGUCUUGGGCGCGACGAGUUCGGAGAACGCGGUGGACAGCUGUCCGAGGGACUCUGGUUUGUCAUUGAAAAAGAAGGUGUUGUGGGUGGUAUGUUGGCUGAGGCAGAGGGUGUUCCGGAUCCUCAGACCCGAGCUACGAAAGAACAAGAGGAGGAAAGCGGUGCGAGUGCUACACCUUUGGCCUCAGGUAUUGGACGCCACGCGAGUGCAACUGCGUGGGCUACUGAGGGUGUCUGGUUGUGGCAGAAGGGUGGUGGUGGUGACCGUGGUUUGUUGAAGGAGGGACAGUCGCGGCCGCGGUAG